CGCAGGUUACGUGAACAUUUCGGUGUACAUAAUCGUCCGUCGCGGCCUGCUAUUGAAAAUUUGAUCAACAAAUUUGAGCGGACAAGUGUUAGGCGUCGUCGUCCUGGAAGGUCUGCUGAAAAAAUCGCCGCCGUGAGAGCCAGUGUUAAUGAACAUCCA